AUGGUGGGAACGAUAGAAGAGACAUCAGGACCAGCGAAAGUAGCAUGGAGAAUCAUGGGCAUGCGCAUGAAACGCCCUGAUGGAGUGUCCACCGACUAUGACGUAUAUCGCAUGCCCUUUUCACAAGAAAUUGAAGGACAAAAUAUAAAUGAGCGGAUGCCUAUGGAUCGAAGAGAAGGUAUUUUUCGUUUAUGCCGCUACGACACAGAAGCUGAUAUCAAG